UCGUGAUUUGCUUUCUCUAGUUUUCUCGUAGUUUUUCCGAGAUGUUGAUAAGACGACAAGGUGCCCCUCGGCUAUCUCCUAAUUGAAAUCACUACGUCUUCUCCCCGGCGCUUCGUACUCUUCUCCGUUGCCAUGGCCGCGGCGUCAAUGAAGGCGGCUAAAUGCGCUAUAAGAGCCGAAAUGAAGAAACAGCUCAAGGCGAUGACAGCAGAGGACAGGCUCCGCCAGUCGAAGAUCGUACUGGACAAGUUUGUAAACCAUCGCCGCUACAAGGCAAGUAACCGAAUAUCCAUUUUUGUGAACAUGGAGACGGAAGUUUCGACGGAGCCCAUCAUUCGACAUAUCAUCAAUGACGGCAAGGAGUGUUUCAUUCCAAAAUACGACGAUCAGUCACGGCAAAUGGACAUGGUCAAACUUUCAUCGCUCGAAGAACUAGAGAAGCUGCCAAUGACGAAGUGGCGUAUCAAGCAGCACACCGAUUUCGAUCCGCGUGAGGAAGCGCUUGUUACUGGUGGCAUUGACCUUCUUGUGGUGCCCGCUGUAGCCUUCACAGCACAGGGUGCCCGUCUGGGCCAUGGAAAAGGAUACUACGAUAUCUACUACAGUCGAUGCCUCAAAGCGCAAGCACAGAGGCCUUACACUAUAGGCCUCUGCUUUCGCCAACAGCUCGUGCCAUCCAUACCAUUAGACAACCAUGACAUGAUUGUUGAUGAGGUUCUCCAUGCUUGAUUGAUGACAGGGUUCUUAGUUUUGUGAUGUCGCGUUUAUUUUGCUAUUGUCACUGUUAAUGAUAUGCGAUGGGUAAUAAAACAGGGAUAUACAUAUUUUUAAAAAAUA